AUGUCUGCUGUUUACCUCAUCUCAAAAGCCGUCGACCCAAUCUUCGCCAUGAGCAUCGGUACUCUAGCGGCCGCAGUGCGCAUCAAUCGCGAGGAGAAGGAGAAGGGAUUCACGACGGACCAGACGAUUGCCAGUUUGAAGCGGAGGACUGCGGCGCUUUUUGGGGAGGCCAAGCAGGAGGGGAAGCAGGUUGUUGAGAAGGCAAGAUGA